ACCUUCGCUCAGAUUCUUCAAAAAGAACCCGAUUCCCGAGUGAAAAGUCAAUUUUACGAGUGGAAAAAAUGCAUAGAGAAGAACAUCUCGCAAUAUGAGAACGACGCAAAGCAGUUAUGGGGAAACUUCUGGAAAGGUGUGAAACUUUGCGAGCAACUGCCGUUUAUGGCCGACUUGAAAAUUAAGAAUUUCAACAAUGGUGAUGAGACGAAAAGGCACAUACCACCCCUAAAGCAGGAACGAAGCGUUAUCGUUACUCUGGGCAUCGGCCAUGACGUUGCAGCCGAGAAAGCGCUACUCAAGGAACUGCCAAGGGAUUCGCUAUUCUAUGGCGCUGAUCCUAUGCAGGAGGUAAACGAAAAACUUUACUCGGAGUUCGGCACCUACUAUCCGUUUGCCGUGGGUGGUAAAUCGAAAAUCUCCAAAGCAAACGUUCUCAUCAACAGUUCAUACGUCGACCGGAACGUCGUUCAUAUCGAGCUGGUUUACUUUCUUACAGAGCUAGUUGGGCAUAAGGUAUACGACGAUAUCUGGAUUGAUGCCGAAGGAGCCGAGUACGAUAUGUUCCCGUAUUUCUAUCGCGGCGGACUACUAGAUCAGAAUGGAAUCACUUUGUGUCAGUUCAACAUUGAGGUCCAUGGCCCCAACGAGGAGCAGAAGGAGAUGUUCCGGAAGUUCAUCUUGGAGAUGCUUAAAGACAAUCGAUACGCCGUCUUCCGUAUCGUUCAGGGACGCCAUAUGCGAUUAUAUUUCUUAAAUUUCUCCGAUUAUAAUUGCGUUUCUAAGUAUAUAUUUAGGAGUAUUAGUUAA